GUCAGCGACCAGCUCUCGCUGACCACCGGCAGCCUCGAAGAGAGGCUCGGCAGGCUGCGAACGCACGGCGCCACCACCGCGUCGUUGGGCGAGCUGCAGCAGCAGGUGUCAGCGCGCGCGGACUGCUGCGAGGCUGAGUUCGCAAAGUUCACUGAAGGCAUCUCUGCCAAGGUGCUCGACGUGACCGCGUGGGUUAGCAAGCUGCAGGCCGUUUUCGACGCGCACGAGCACGCGCUGCAGCACGUGUCCGAG